CAAACUUCAAUCUUCAGCUACAAGUGUUUUACUUGGAGACUACCGAGUAUCGAUCACGAACGCUGAAUUUCCAGAGAUCGACAGAUCAGCUGAUCAUGAACAGGGGUCUGCGCGCCAGCUGAGCGUUGCCCCCAAGGCUGAUGAAGUUUCGUCGCAAUGGCUAAGCUCAACCUCAAUUUAGCUCGAACAUCUUCCCCAAGGAACUUCAAGCAACUCCCAGGCAUGCAUUGAUGGUACAUAUACUAUCGCUUUGGCACCUUUGUAUGGAUAGAAGCUAUGCGCCCUAAAACACGCGACGAGUUCGAGAUUGCGAUCAUUUGCGCCCUCGUUCAUGAGGCUGACGCGGUCGAAGCGUUAUUCGACGAAACUUAUGACUCACUUAGUCGAACGUAUGGCAAACAGUCUGGGGAUGCGAAUACUUAUACGAAUGGAAGAAUCGGCCAACACAAUGUUGUACUGUGUUAUAUGCCGGGAAUGGGAAUAGGCAAUGCCGCAAGUGUUGCGUCGAGUCUACGAGUGAGCUACACCAAAAUUAAGCUCGCUCUGGUUGUCGGUAUCUGCGGCGGUGUUCCGUUUCCGUCUGGCGGCAAAGCUGAAAUCUUUCUCGGAGAUAUCAUCGUCAGUGAUAGUGUCAUUCAGUAUGACUUUGGACGGCAGUACCCAGAUGGAUUUCAACGAAAAGCAGAUGUCAAAGAAACACUAGGACGACCUAUUCGAGAGAUCAGGACUCUGCUUAGCGCAUUACAAACUCGCAGGACACGGAAAGAAUUUCAAGGCCGAAUCGCUCAGCAUUUGAAGACCCUUGAGGCUGAGGCGGGAAUGGAGUAUGGUUAUCCUGGAGCAAAAUAUGACAUACUAUUUGAGGCCUCUUCUCGCCACAAACAUUACCAGAGCAAUUCCAAUGGCUGUAUUUGCUUUGACUGCAAGUUAAGCGACGACCCAGUUUGCGAUGAUGCUUUGAGAAGCGACUGCACGAGUCUCCAAUGCGAGGGGAGGCCUGUUUACCGUAGUCGCCGCCUCGGUGAAAGCACGACUCCCUCUAUUCACUUUGGCACGAUCGCAUCUGCCAGCACUGUUAUGAAGUCGGGCGAGCAUCGCGAUAGGCUCGCUGGAAUUGAGGGUAUAAUUGGCUUUGAGAUGGAAGGAGCGGGUGUCUGGGACAACAUGCCAUGCAUCAUUAUUAAAGGCGUUUGUGACUAUGCCGACAGCCACAAGAACAAAAAAUGGCAAGACUAUUCUGCGGCAACCGGGGCGUGUGCUGCAAAGGCCUUUUUGGAGUAUUGGCUGCCCACUGUUACAGAAACUCUCACCGAUGAUGAUAAGUGCCUAACUGAUCUUCUCCUGUCAGAUCCCAGUGACGACAAGCUUCGUAUUGAGGAUACCAAGGGUGGUUUACUCAACGAUUCAUUCCGUUGGAUCCUUGAAGACCAUAUAUUCCGGCAAUGGCGCUCUGAGGAGCAGAGUCAGUUACUUUGGAUCAAAGGGGAUGCCGGUAAAGGUAAAACUAUGCUCAUGAUUGGCAUCAUGGAUGAACUAUCACGGGAAAGAGAAAUGCUGGGUGACUCUCGGCUUGUGUCUUAUUUUCUUUGCGAAGGCACCAACUCAAACCUCAACAAUGCCACUGCGGUCCUGCGAGGUUUGAUAUAUAACCUUUGUGUUCAGCAACCAUUACUUACACAGCAUCUACGCAAGAAGUAUGAUCACCACGGCCAAAAACUGUUUGAAGGUGCCAGUGCGUUUUAUAGUCUAUCCGGCAUACUCGAUGUGAUGUUGCGAAACUCAACUGCCUCAAGGGUAUACCUCCUCAUCGAUGCCGUCGAUGAAUGUGAAGCUGAGCUAGACGCCCUGCUGAAUCUGAUCAUGCGGACAACAAAAGAAUCCCCUAUCCCGAUAAAAUGGAUAAUAUCUAGCCGAAAUCGCGAUGACAUAGAGCAGGGUCUAGGGGUUUCGGACUCUUUGAGACGGCUGAGUCUUGAAUUGAAUGCAGAUCACAUAUCCAGUGCGAUAGACGCAUUUAUCGAGUGCAAAGUAUCUCAGCUGGUCUCUUUGAAACAUUCCCCCGAUACUCGAGCUCAGAUUAAAGAUCAAAUUCGCCGGAAGUCCGAUGGUACAUUUCUUUGGGUGGCACUUAUAAUUAAGGAGCUGAGAGGAAGCAUUCUGGAAGCUGAUGUGGCCAAGGUUCUUAACGCUGCCCCCAUUGGCCUUGUGCCACUUUACGACCAAAUGAUGCAACGAAUCGAGCUACAAGAUGACAGGAAUUCUCAGCGAUGUUUUGCUAUCAUGUCAGCUGCUACUUUAGCUUAUCGCCCUCUUCGCUUGCAUGAAAUGCGUGUCAUAGCCGGUCUUGAUCAAGAAAUCUCACAGCUACCUGAUCUGGAAAGAAUCGUCAAUAUGUGUUGCUCGUUUUUCACCAUUCGAGAUCAUUCCGUCUAUUUUAUACACCAAUCAGCAAAGGACUAUCUGACUACGAAGAGAUUUGCUGCCCUGUUUCCGAAUGGACGAGAGAAGGCUCACUAUGAUAUUUUUUCUCACUCCAUAUCGACCAUGUCGGCCGUUCUCAGACAGAACAUGUACGAUCUGGAGGACUUUGGUGCGGUUCCAGACAAUUUUCAGCGGUUCCACGAUCCGUUGGCGUCUGUCAAAUAUUCUUGCAUGUAUUGGCCAGAUCACCUAUGUGAGCUAGUCGUACGGAAGGAAGAAUAUACAAGAGAGUUCUCCGACGACAGUAAGGCCUUUUCCUUUUUGCUUACGCAUUUUCUACACUGGAUGGAAAGCUUAGGCUUGAUGCAUGAACUUCCUGUAAGCACAAUGGCAAUCAGAAAAUUGCAGCAGAAUAUCCCGCUGACAACGGGUUCUCAUUAUUUGUUAUUUUUAGAAGAUGCCGAGCGCUUUACAUUACAUUUUAGGAAUAUCAUGGAACAAGCGCCGUUACAAGUCUAUGCCGCAGCUCUUGCAUUUUGCCCUAUCGAUAGCGCGGUCAGAGAUCACUUUCUUAACAAACCAUCGGUCUUGAUAAAGGAGACAAAGGGCGCAGAAGCGAGCUGGAGUGGCUGUUUGCAAAGAAUAAAGGAACAUACAGACUGGGUUAACAGCGUCAAGUUCUCACCCGAUGGCCAGAUCCUUGCGUCGGCUUCGAGUGAUUCCAUGAUUCAUCUGGUACAUGUCGCAUCUGGUACCCUGCAAAGGACGCUUAAAGGACACAAAAUGGGUGUAACUUCGAUCUCGUUUUCCCCAGACGGCAGCACGCUAGCCUCAGGAUCUGAAGAUGGUACGGUUCAGAUAUGGAGGCUACCCCAUGGAACCAGGAUUCAGAUUUACCAGAGCCAUGGUAGCUUCGUAACCGCCAUUGCGUUCUCCCCAGAUGGCGAGGACCUUGCGUGUGUCUUGAGUACAGGCAUGGUGCAACUCUGGAAUACAGCUUCUGGAACCUGGAGGGAAAUCCUUCAAGGCCAGAAAAGUGUUGCUGAACCUUCCUAUGAGGAAACUAAAUUGCGACACGCAUACCGAAAUCACAUGGAGGGGGUAGCCGACUAUGCAGCGAGUACAAUCGAAUAUCUCAAGACACGGGGAAAGAUGUCUUGGUUCAUUAUGUCUUGGUUCAUUAAAGGUCCAGCAAAGACUCCCGCGGCGGAAGCAAAGCGGAAAUGGUUGGCUGCAAUGAAUCGUGCAGAGAAAUCGAGGCAGCACAAGAUUGAAUCUCUAAGCUUCUCACCAGAUGGAAAAAGAAUGGUUUUCGGCUCACAAAGCGGCGCGGCUCACCUGUGGGACCGGGAAUCUGCACGCUGGAAACAAAUCUUCCACCAUGAGGAACCAAUUAAAGCUGUGGCGUUUUCACCAGAUGGCCGCAAACUUGCGCUUUCCACUGAGUAUUGCAAGCUGUAUACUUGGAAUACGACGACUGAAAUUUGGAAAGAUCAUAGUCGGGGUCUCUUGUUAGCCCGAGCCUUGGCUUUUUCACCGACUGGUCAGAGUUUAGCUUCCUCUUUAACACAUGAAGUGCAUCUUUGGAAUGAAGGCGUGAAAUAUGAAAAUAAAAAGAUUGGUAGCAUUCAAAAAAGUCGCGAGUAUCUUUCUACCAUCGACUUCUCCCCGAGCGGCAAUAUUCUAGCAACAGGCACUCUCCAGGGCGAGGUUUUACUAUGGCGAGUGCCGUAUGAGUAUAGGGAUCGCGAGAAUUUCCCGUUACUAAGUAGGAAACUGGACUAUCGAGAGAAUUUAAAGAACUGUGCCUCGAGGAUUACAGACAAACAAUUUGUUCUUGCAAAUUGCGCAUGGAUUAUAUUAUUUUUCCUGGUUAGCGAUGAAGUUUUUCCAGGAGGCUUGGUUUACGGCACAAACGCAGAUCAAACUCAGCUUUCGCCAUCUAGUUCACCCCCAGAUCAAGACACCAUCUCGCUGCUGUGCAAGGUUCUCCUGGUGUGCGACUUGAUUUGGUUCAUAUCUCUAUAUGCCGCGUUUGGUGUUGUUACAAUCAUAGUUUUUCUAUUAGGCGGCAUUGCGAUAUCAGAUGAGAAUCGCCGCCAGGUAAAAGCAAUGUCACUCGCGUCAGAGAAACAUCUACGACGCAUAAAAAUUUCCCUGGAUUCAAAUGUCACUAACCAUAUUGGUGAGGUUUUGGAAAUCUCGCCAUCACAUGAGGCAUCGAUUCUCAUUUCAACAUCGAUUGCUUUUCGUGUGAAAGUGUUAGACAUGAACACAAAAAAAUCGGUGAAAGAAAUUGUUGGCCCAGAAGAGCUUAUAACAAAAAGUCAAAAAUUGGCGGGUUCUCAGAUUGUUCUAAGCUUUUCCCGUGAUGCCUGUGUGAGCGUUUGGAAUGUGCAAUCUGGAACAUGCAAGGAGAUCAAGGCCGAGAGUGAACCAAAGUUCCCCGAGGCUGCACCUUCGCCUGAUGGCCAAGUGCUAGCGCAGCUUUUUAAGGACAAGAAAAUCAGGUUCUUCGAUACAGUCACUGGUGUCUGCGUCAGAGCAUUGGCAGUUGAGGAGGAAGAUCUACGCUGUAUUACAUUCUCUCCCGAUAACCAGGCAUUGGCAUACUUUCCGGCAGAUACAGGUACAAUCAGGCUAUGGGACACGGAUACAUAUGGCACGCAGUAUAUCCUGGAGGUUGAGGGUAUUAUCAAAGCGUUCGCGUUCUCGCCAGACAGUCAGUCUAUAGCAGUCGCCUUGUCCGAUUCUGCCAUUCAGCUCUGGAACUGGAAAGAAAAGGCCUGCGUACAAGCAUUUACUGGCGGGGAAGGGUUCGCCAAGGUAAUUGCUUUUUCAUGGGAUAGCAAAAGCAUAGCGUCCAUCUCACAGGACAGCUCAAUUAGAGUAUGGAACAUUGCGACUGGGACUCUGGCAGAGACCUUUCGCGCGAACGUCGAAGUCAAAAAGCUGGCGUUCGCCUCGGAUAAUCGAUACCUCAGAACCGAUCGAGGUUUGCUAGCGCUUAACGUUGGGGGGCCUAUGGACUCAAAACGAUGUGAAGAGCUUGCUUGGACUCCGUUUGUUGAGAAAGAAUGGGUUCUGCUGGGCGGAAGAAAAGCCCUUUGGAUUCCACCGGACUUCAGAGAUCGGUGCUGCGCGACGUACUGGACUACGGUUGUCCUUGGACAAGAGUCUGGCCGGUUGACAUUUAUUGAUUUCAAGCAUCCGGACCCUAAUUUCAAGUUUCCUCAUACUAGUCUAUAAACCAUAGUAGGGAAAAAAUAUGUGAUGGGUCACUACCAAGCAUAGGGGAAUUCGAGAUAGUAUAACCGAUUAAUAGAGAAUAAUUUACUGACCCCAAAUCUGUUCCUUAUGUUUUGAAAGUUGCAG